AUCUUAUGACCAUCAACUUGCGGUAUAAAAUUACUUUAUCACUCAGUUACAAUAAUUGACAUAACAACGAGAUGAAUUUUGAAGUAUUUCUUUUAUUGAACUUAUUGCCAUUGGCAAGAGGAGGGAAACAGCCAAAUAUUUUGUUUAUACUUGCGGAUGAUUAUGGUUUUAAUGACGUUGGUUAUCAUGGUUCCAAGAUUAAGACACCAGUACUUGAUAAACUCGCAAAAGAAGGUGUCAUUCUUGAGAAAUAUUAUGUUCAACCAAUUUGUACGCCAACAAGAUCAACAAUACUGACGGGAAGAUAUCCAAUUCAUACUGGUUUACAACACGGUGUAAUCAAUCCUGCGCAACCGAACUCUAUUCCUCUUGAUGAAACAAUUGUCGCAGAGAAAUUAAAACAAAGUGGCUACAAGACUCAUAUAGUCGGCAAAUGGCAUAAUGGUUUUUAUAAAAAAGAAUGUAUGCCAACAUACAGAGGUUUCGAUACAUUUUUUGGAUAUCUUACAGGAGCUGAAGAUUAUUAUACCCACGUUUCAAGUGAUCGUGUUCGCAUAAAUAAAUCAUCAUAUGCACAAUUCUAUGGUUAUGAUUUGCGUAGAAAUGAAUCAGUAAGUACAAAAGAAAAAGGUGAAUACUCUACCUUUAUGUUUACAAAAGAAACUCAAAAGAUCAUCAGGAAUCAUAAUACUAGUUCUCCUAUGUUCUUAUACUUGGCAUUUCAAGCUGUUCAUUCUCCUUUGCAAGUCCCAGAACAAUAUAUCAAACCAUAUGAAGGGAUUAAAGACACCAACAGACGUAUUUAUGCUGGAAUGGUGUCAGCUAUGGAUGAAGCCAUAGGCAAUAUAACACAAACACUCAAAGAAAAAGGAAUUUGGAACAACACUAUCUUGAUAUUUAGCACUGAUAAUGGUGGUCAAGUGUACCGAGGAGGAAAUAACUGGCCAUUAAGGGGUUGGAAGGGAUCAUUAUGGGAAGGAGGUAUACGUGGAGUGGGAUUUGUCAACAGUCCUUUGUUAGCAAAACCAAAAAGAGUCUCAUAUGAAAUGAUUCAUGUUUCUGAUUGGUUUCCAACAUUGGUAAAGUUAGCUGGAGGUGAUUUAAAUGGCACCAAGCCUUUAGAUGGUUUUGAUGUUUGGGAAACCAUCAACACAGGUGAGCUUUCCCCAAGGAAUGAAAUCUUGCAUAAUAUUGAUUCAGUGCCUCCAUGGUAUCAUAAAUCCUUUGAAUAUGGUGAUAAAUGGUGCCCACAAGCAGCGGUACGUGUUGGAGACUGGAAACUACUUAAAGGUUGCCCAAGAAAGUCUGGUUGGUUUCCACCACCAAAUUCAAAUCUUCAUUUGAACUCACAAACAGAUUCUAGCAACAAGACUAAGAAUUUGUUUUUGUUCAACAUAGCAGAAGAUCCAGAAGAACGACAUGAACUAUCUUCAAAGUUUCCAGAAAAAGUUAAGGAGUUAUUGGCCAAGCUUCAAGAAUACAAUAAUACUGCAGUACCUGUGAAAUACCCUAAACAAGAUCUUGCCUCAAAUCCGGCAUUCUUUAAUGGUGUGUGGUCACCUUGGAUUGUUUCCAAACAUGAUGAUGCUGAAGGUAAAAUAGUAUAAUGAACUAAAAAAAAGAUUUGCCUUGAAAUGUAAAAGAAAAGAAAAAUUUCACGAGGGAACAUUAUAAAGCAUUUAUUUUCAAUAUGGUAAAUUAAUCAAAUUUACGAAUAAACAGAUAUAUUGUUGGGAAAUGCAUUAAAAAAUUUAAUACCAGUCUUUAUUUGUAACGUAAGGUAACAUUGGAGAUAUUCUCUGGUGUAUAUUUCCCACCUUACAAAAUUUUUCUGUUCUUCACUAAAUGUGAAAACAAAAGAUUCUUAAAGGAAUGAAUAAUGUUUUAAUCCAAAACUAGAAAACUGGAUAGCCAAUUAAAUAUAUUAUAAUGGUGUUA